UAUGUAACACAUGUACAAGUUAAACGACCGGACUAAACAUUCGAACGCAUGCAUUACGCGACACAGGAUUUUCAAAUAUGAUUCUACAAAUACUAUUCCUCGCCGUUCUUACUAACGAUGCAUUGGGCAACGUCAAUAUUUUGACGCUAGAAGGCCUUCAAAAAGAGCUGUUGGCUUUAAAGGAAUCGUACAGAUUCGAAAGUACGACGCAAAUGAAAAGAAUUUCACAGCUUGAGGAGAAAUUGGCAAAAAAGGAGGAUGUCAUACUUGCACUGGAAGAUUCAGUUCGAAGGCUAGAGGAAACACUCAAAACUCUAGUACCCAGAACUGACCACGUUGGAUCCAGAGUACACUCAGUCAAAAAGAGACAAAGUGGCGUCAUGCCUGCGUUCUCAGUAUACCUCAGUCACAACAGUAAUUUGGGCGCAGGACAGACAAUUGUGUUCGAUCAGGCAAUCAUCAAUGAAGGUAACGGGUACAAUGUUUACACGGGAAUGUUCACCUGUCCUAUGGCGGGCCUCUACCUGUUCUCGUUCGAGGUUAUGGUAAUGGGGGUGUCGGACAACACUGUAACUGGUGCCUGGGUCGACCUCGUGGUAAAUGCCAGGAACACUGAAGACGGAGCGGUGGAUGCGCAUCACCAAGUCCAGGAGCUACAGGGCGGAAACACUGUGGUUUUACGUCUGAAUGUUGGGGACGCUGUGUGGCUGGCCAACCGAGGCGCGAACGAUCACGUGGACGGAUCAACGGGGUUACAUGCCACUAGCUUCACCGGGGUAUUUCUUCACGCAUGAUCUGGAUGUUUUUAAUAAUAGUACAAUGUCCACGUAAGCAAAGUUUGUGUUUAACUUAAUCAAUACCGCGUUUAGGCACAUUCUAACCCGUAGCCCUUUGAGUACUUUUAGUUCGAUCGAUUACAUCAAAAGCCUCCGGCUUAUUGAGAAACGUUCUAGACAUUUUCCUGGUUGGAACCAUAAAUUGGAGUCUUGUGACAAGAUUUUGAGAACAUUCCAAAAGUGGGUAUCGACGCUGGGACACCGCAAACUUGGAUUUAGUAUUCAUCUGACAUUCUCUGUCAUCCAUCGCUUAGCUGACAUUCUCUGAAAUCUAUAAAUAAUUAAAAAUGUAAAUGAGGACUUUUCUUAACAUAACUGAUAAUAACUGCAGUUAUUUUAAAACUUCUUAUUAUAAACAUUGAUACGUAACUUGUUCAAUAAAGUCGUUAAGGUUGUUACUCUUUCGGUUUAAUACGUGCGGUAAACCUGAUCAAUACAGUUUCACGUUUUAAACUUGACUAACACUCAUAUCGCUCCUCCCUUUUCCCAUGCACUAUUUGGUAGGUGUUCAAUGAUAAUAUCGUGCAUCGAAUGAUGAAAUCUGUCAUUCGACGCUUCACUUGCCAAGGUAGAACAUCUUUGUUAUAUUUAAAAUACACGUUGUAUAUUAUUAUACAUAAAUAUUUGUUCAGCUAA